GGCAGCAGCAGCAGCAGGAGGAGGAAGUGGAACGACGCUGGGGGAGCGAUGGCGACGGGAGCAGCACGGGGGGGAGCGGGAGGCGAAGGAGGCGGCGGCGGCGCGCGACUCGCGCAGCGGCCGCCGCGGCCCCCGGCUCCGCACGGGCCGCCGCUCGCCAUCUCCGUGGCCGUGGAGCGAUGUCCGCUGUGCAGCAGCUCGCGGCGCCGCCUGACGUGCGCCUCGUGCGUGCACAAGGGCGACUUCUCGUACAUGGACGGCAAGGGGGACGAGAGCUAUUUCAAGAAGCAAGGGAAACUGAACAUCGCAAAAAAAGAGAAGCAACAAUAUCAGGAAAAGGUUCGUGAGGUGGCUGAGGCUCAGAGACAAAAGGAAAAGUUGAAGUGGGAGAUCCUUUGCUGUAAGAGCCGGAUUGAUCUGCUCAAGAGGGCAAUCGAUCAAGUGAAGAAAGACACCUUGAUUGUCCCUUGUAUGGGACACCCUUCUGCUCGUGUGGCCUCCAUCCCUGUUGCCUGCGUGUGCACGUGCAUGCGUUCACCAGACAACGCUCACGUGCAGCGCCAACGGGAUGAAAAUGUGCGGAAUGCCCUGCGUGCACGCAAGCACGCCGAGAAAGAGGAGACGAUGCGGCGCCGGCUAGGCCGCCGCCGGGACUGGCUCGAGCCGCGGCUUCGGGAGCUGAUUGAGCGCCUCAAGGCGCUGGGCACGGCGCGGCGCAUGCACGUCCGUGAGCUCACCUCCUCCAUCUUCCCACUCACCGAGGCCCUGCCACGCCCAGGAAUUGAGACUGCCUUCCAUAUUGUUCACAAGUGCACCGUGAAUGAGCUGGCCUGCUGUCCCAUUCUGUGCACGGCUACUUACAUCAGGCCUCAUGCGGGAACGAGCACAGAGGCGGCCAUGCAGAGCAGCACGGUGGACAAGCUGGCGGAGGCUCGGCGCACCAAUUACCAGUCUGGCCGCUGGGUCUACACAGAGGGCAAUGGGGAGGUGUGUGUGGCCGUGGUGCAGCCGCACAUCUUCCUGCCGCAAAACGGAGACUUCUCGCCUUACUACAGCUGGGUGGAGGCACGCAGGAAUUCCACGCAGGAACCCGUGCUGGAGCAGGGCAGCCCGGCGUACCGCAUCACAGCCGCUCUGUGCCACACGGCUCAGCUGGUGUCCGUGCUGUCUCACAUCCUGGGCAUCAACCUGCCCCAGAGGCUCUGCUACAGUGAGUUCUGCCGGGAGGACAUAAGCCGUCACCGCUUCAUUCGGGCUGUGCAGAAGCUCAACACCAAUGUUCUACACCUCUGCUGCUCCCAGCAUGUGGACCCUGAGCUUUUGCAUCCAUUACGUCCGCUCAAGAACCUGAUGUACAUGGUGAGGCCAGACAACAGCAGCCUAGGAAGGAGCGGGCCAUUUGAGGUGACGGCCGACAUGGAGGACUCGAUGGAGCUGGUGGACGCCAGCACAGCCAGUCAGUCUGAGGGCAGCGAUGGGGAGGACACGACCGACGAGGAGACGGACCUGGGGCUCGACUGGGAAACUGUCCCCAACCCACGCUUCAUGGACAUCCCGUCACGGGCACUGGAAGGCAGCCCCAGUCAGAGCACUGCGCUCACAACCACCGGUGGCACCAGCCUGCAGGACUCGGGGCCAAUCUCUGCGAGCAACGCGGGCGGUCUCGUGUCCUCCGCAGUCGCCUCCAUGGCCUCUAUCUGGAGGGCGUACACUGGCACACGCUGAUGCGACUCGGCAUCGCAAAGACCUUGUCCUGUGUGGCUUUUCCUCGUGUGUACCCUCUACUCAACGCGAAACCAGUUUGCAGUUGUGUGCAUUAUAUUUCAUCAGUGUCCACCGUGUGUGUGUUGGCUAUAACCAGUGCUGGUGGCGCAUAACGAUGCACGCUUUUGCGAACCGCACUCUUGAAGUGACUAUGGUGUGUGCUAGUCUCUGGGCCAAGACGUUAUAUUUUGUCUGAGCAGUGCUCAUGACUAUAUAUGAAGAAUGAAGUGAGGUGAGUUGCUGCUCUUCACAGCCCUUGCACUUUGGCUGUUGUGAUGCUUCAGCUCUCAGCAGCGUGGAACAGAUUUUGGCAGUUGUGCUGGACUUUAUGCACAAAUGUCUUAAACGUAAUGGUAUCUUCCUCCUAUUGGGGAAUAAUCAUUUACAUUGUAGUUACGGGCUUAUUUAAAACAUUUGUUAAAUGUAAAAUGUUGAUUUCAUAACUUGUUUAAUCAGUGUUAUGUUAACUUGUUUGGGUUUGCUUAAAGUAAAUACCUUUUGCCAAAACUACAAUUGAAUUCAAGGUAGAUUUUGUGCGGUAGUACCAUGACUGUUUUAGUCAUUUGCGUUGCAUGCAUACCAAUGUUAAAGGAAAUGCUCAGAACACUGCAUUUAAACACUUUUACCCAUCGUUCCCUAUGUUUGGGAAAUUUACAAAAAAGUUAUCACAUCUUGCACUUAAAUUUGCUCCCGAGGGAAUGCAACAUUUCCAAUGUAAGUUAUUCACAAAGUUAAUCAAAAUGAAAACUAACAUUGGUGGGCCCUACUAGCAUGUCACCUUUCUUUAAAGCUACUUGUUUGCCUAAGUGGUGAACCUAUGUAUAACAGCAUGUGCAUCCAAGCACUUUCUUCAAUUUUUACAGUGUCUUACAGGUGAAAUAAGCUCUCUAGGCUUAUACUGUUAUGUGGCCGUUUAAGUAGAUGUCAUUACAUCUCGUUGAGGUUGCUGUUGCAGCGUUUAGAGUAGUGGUUUUAAGCAGAUUGCAGUUGCGCCAUUUGUUUUUAUACCAUUACAGAAGUUGCAUCUCUUGGUAGUGCCACCUUUUGAGCUGGCCUGAAUGGCACAGUGAAGUUAGUUGGAACUGAUGUAGGUGUACUUUAAGAGUUCAAAUAAACUUACAACUCAAGUCAAUGCACACAAUUUAGUUAACUUCACAGCCAGUUCCAUAUCUUAACAGCAUCUGAAGCAUCACUUAACACCAAACACAGUGGCAACACCACUCCACAAAUCAUAUGUACUGGAAUUUCAAAAGAUGAAACUUGUUUUAGAAAGGUCAUGAGAUUAUUACAUGAGCUGGUAAAUAAUUCAAAAUGUAAACCAAAGCAGGAUGUAAAUUAACAUUGUCCAACCGAACAGUUUGAGCACCCUUUCCAAAGGCUCUGAUUACUCUGAAGAGGGGCACUCUUUAAGUAUAAAUUGGUGAAACGUGUUCACACUUAACAAGGUCUGGGCCACUUGGGUAAACGCAGAAGUAAGUUAUGUAUUGUUUGUGCAACAAAAAUGGUGUUGAGAUCUCACGUCAAGUAUGAUAGAUCUUUCAACCCCAGCUCUGCCCAGAUCCUCCUUGCUGGUGUCCAUCCAUCGAGUACAUAAUUGCGCAUGUGGCCAUGAACACAUUAGCACUUGCGAGCCCGUUAGGACUAUGAGCAGACUGGUCUCUUUAUUCGUGCCUAGGUUUUCCUUGGUGUUUACCUCAUGUGCAAUUAACAUAAAUUAGCGAGUCGAUUUUUCAUCUUUU